AUGUCGCGUUCAAGUAUUCCAAGAUAAUUGCCACCUUUGUAACAAAAGAGAGGAGGGGAAGGGGAAAUGCCAUUUGGAGGAUAGUAGCAAUUAUCAUAGCCGGCAGAGAAGAAGGUGGAUUUUGCGAAUUCAAAUUUUGAGCAGAACGAGGAUCAAUAGGAGAACGAGGAUGAAAGAUUGUAACCUGCGCCGAAUCAUGAUAGUGGUAUGACAUAUACCAACUUCAUGAACGAUGAUAUAAUUUAUAAUUGUUACUCUUUGGGAGAUCGAAUAGGAGCCCGAUUAAGUCGAUUGAUUCAUUGUGAUCCGCCAAGACUCACGUUUGUGGAUCGGUUGAAUAAGUUGGAGUACGAUUAAAUUGUGAACCCAUUCUCAUUGAGUGAGAAGGACAAAGCUCAAAUUACACCGGACAGAACUGUGGUAGUGAGAAUAAUUGGGACAUCGCAAUUGUAGAUGGAUACGAAUAUUCAGCAUCCUUUUAUUCGGAUGCAUGUGAUCAACAUUAAGAAUGGGUGCUAUUUGUAUAAGCCAAAAAAUGAGGACAAUUAAGCAAGAGAGUUCACAAAUGCAGUGUACAAUUAUGAGAGCAAUUGCAUUACUAAUAUAGUGGAUGGGGAGAGGGAGAGAGUUACUUGUGAAUUGGAGUUACUUACUGCUUUUUCGACAAAUUUCUGUGAUAUGCGUAUGGCGACCAAUAGCAGGGCAGAUUGGAAUGAGGAAAUAUUGAUUAAUAUACCAGCAGAUGAAUUCUAUAAAUCAGAUACAAUAAUUUUGUUUGAACUCCUCGAUUUUCAUCCUAUUUAUUUAUAAUAACAUAAUAGUGAGUUUUUGGAUUCGGAUAACUUCUAUAGGAUAGCUUGGGGUUAUACAAGACCGAAUGGGUUAUGUAGAUUGCAUUUGGGAUUAAGCAAGAUACAAUUAUACAAGUAUUUGUUUGACACGAGUAAAUUGAAAUCAGUAAGCAGGAGAGAAUCAAUUCCUUUGGUGUAUUUCGAUUUUCUCUGGCUUGACAAAGUUGAAUAUGAUGCAGUUUUGAAUGUGUAUUUGGGAACAGAAGCCAAGCCACAAUUCCUUGAGAUUUACGGCAAGAACCGUAGUACCAAUGUGUUCGAGAUAGAAAAAGGAGAUGAGGAAGCAAGAGAGAAAGUGAAACAUUCUGUUGUCAUAGACAAAGUGAUCGAAUAGAGAGUGGAAGAAAUCACAGACUAGGAGAAAAUUAAUCUAAGGAGACGUCGUUAUCUCGGAGACAAGGAAGAUCACAUUCCAGAUAAGAUAGCCUACAAAUUCGCCAGUGCUCCCAUGGGAUGUUAUAGAUUAGCCUUUAAUAAAUAUGGUAAUUAUCUGGCAUGUGCAUGUACUUACAAAAAUUCAAAAACCAUAAUAAAAUUAUUUGAUGUCGAAACUGGUCAACAUUUCACAACUUAUAAAGGACAUAGAAAUAUCAUCCAUGAUUUACAAUUCUCUCAGAAUUCUCAAUAUUUAAUUACAGUAUCAAGUGAUUACACAGCCAAAGUUUGGAGUGUACCUCAACAUUCAGGGGACAUUGUGAGUGAAGAAGAUUCAGAUUUAAUGUUAAUCUGUCAACUCCAACAUCCAUCUUUUGUUUAUGCAGGUCUCUUUCUGAUGGAUAGCAAAUUGCCAGUUGUGGCCACUUGUUGUUUCGAUAGCAGAAUGCGCAUAUGGCAAUUUGAGUCUAAUCAAUCAUUACAGAUAAGUGAUGAACCAAUUCAAUAGGAAAUCAUCUCCUAUGAUGGCAUCUCCUUUGAUCAAUUUGAUAAUCUUGGUAAUCACAGACAUCCCAAUUGCAUAGUAUAUGAUGGUGUCAAAUGUUUGUAUGUUGGAGAUUCAUUGGGAAAUGUCCACUUUUUUGAUAUCAAUCUCUCUGGAGUGAUUUAAGAAAUCAGUGGAAAUGCAAUCAACUAAAUUCAAUUAAUGCCUCCAGAAUAACAAGAUCUCUUGAUUCACACUAGAGAUAACUGUCUUAGAAUUGUCGAUUUUAAGUCUGGAGAUGUCAAUAAUCGAUUCUUUGGAUCUCAAUCUGUCAAAAUUGCUUGUAGAAGUGUUCCUAGUCCAAAGGGAGAUUAUGUGUUAUCAGGCAGUGAAGAUGGCAAACCUCAUCUCUGGAGUAAUCUAACCCAAACCUUACCCACUGAUUUAUUCUAAUUUAAUGUCAUUGGCCCUGUUGCUGAUGUUGCUUGGAAUAUAGGAUAUCACAUGAUUGCCGUGGCUGGCUUUGGAGAUGAACAUCCUAUCCUCAUCUACGUUUGGGAAAGAGAGGGAGAUCUCAAUUUUAUUGAAGCCAAAAAGUUACAGGAUGAAAUUAAAAUCAAACAUAGAGAAUAAGAUGAUAUUGUAUUUAAUAUUUAAGCAAAACAAACUCUCGGUCGCUUUCAACAAUCCAUUUAAGCAUAAGGUCUCUUUUAACCCUAGUUGGCUUAGUCCUCCUAAAUCCCUUUUUUACCCUAAUCCGUAUUCAACUAAUAGUAGCCUGGCAAUUAAUCAAAAACUAAUACAUAAGCAGGACCAUUUGGAUCAUCGGGACCCUUUGGUUAACCAUAAUAGGGACCUUUUGGUUAAUCAUAAUAAUAAUAAUAACCCUUUGGUUAGCCAUAAUAAUAAUCAUAAGGACCUUUUGGUUAAUCGUAAGUACCUUUUGGGCAGUAAUAAAAUCCCUUAAAUUCCGGUCCAUUUGGAUAACCAUAGUCAUAAGGUCCCUUUAGUCAAAUGCCUUUUUAAUAAUAGUAACAAGUACCUCCUAAUAAUCCAAAUACACCUUAUAACGCAAACUAUCAAAUGCCAUUUUCAUGA